AUGUCAAAACCGAGCCAACUGAGAACGCCGAGACUGUGCGAGAGUGGGAUCUCUGCCUACACCCCGCCACCGAUUCUUUCACCGAUGCGAAACGGAUCCGGACUUUUCUGGCAAAUCGCCAAAUCCCUUGGCCAUAACGUGACUCCAUUCGGCGGGGAUAUGACCGCAGCCCUCUUGCAAACGGUCAACGGAUUUGGACCUGAUCACCAAAUGGAGCCCUCUUCCUCAUCGGGCGGUCCUCCAUCAAUUGUACCCACACCCGAUCAACAAACAUCAACAACACCAACAGCCGAACAACAAAAUGGACAAGUGAUCGAUGGAGAAGGGCCGACGAGGAAGAAUGGCUUUUUCUAUAUGGGAAAUCAACAUAAUCAGGUAAACUUCGCAAAAGAAUUGGAAGCGUUGAGAAAGGAUUCGUGGGCGAGCACGAGCAGCAAUAAAUCGAAACAAUCGAUCACCAUUGAUGACAGAGCUGACGCAAUUCGAAAAGCCAGCACCCUAUCAGAAAGCUAUUAUGAUUAUCAAGCGACCGCUCAUCAAACCGACGCCACACCUCACAUCAACAUCGGUCGGGAUUUCCAAGCGAGAGUGAAGAAAUGGGCGGAUCGGGAGAUUACAGCAGAGGAAAGAGAUGCGAUUGAAGAUAGAGAUGAAUUAAUAUUCGAUACCAAGCUCAUCGAUCAUUUGACAAGGGAACAAUUGGACGCCUAUGAGAUGCUCUCGUGUUGUCAAGCGGUGCCGCGGCCCGGCAGAAAUAAGGAGUUGGCUCUUCACCUUUUGAUGGAAAACAAGGGAAAUCUCGAGGCUGCCGUCAUGGAUUUGCUGAGAUCGGAUACUCUUGAUUGGGAACAAUAUCGAACGGUUUAUGACUCGUAUUAUCCGGAUACAACACCGUGGACACCCGAAGAGAUUCUCUCAUUUCAAGAUGCUCUCUAUAAAACCGAGAAAGAUUUUCAUCAAGUCGCACAAGAGUUAACGAACAAAACGGUGAAAGAGUGCGUGGAGUUCUAUUACACAUGGAAAAAAGCAUGUCCGGAUGAUUAUCGAAAAUUGAGAAAUCUGAGGCGAAAGCGACAACUGUUAGAAAUGCAUCAACAGAUGGAAAACGAGCGUGAGAGCUGUCCAGUGCCGAUUAAGCAACGGAAAAUCUCGGAAAAUGAAAUGGAAAGCGAGUACGAUACAGAUGCGACAUCACCAUCAUUUUCGUUGAUCGAUCAUGAAUCAAGAUCAAGAGUCAACUCUUUCCUCGCCCAACAAUCGCCGAGCUCAUCCGCGCUGACGCCGAAUCGAAAGAACUCCGGUCUCGCCGUUCCACUUCUUUCCUUGCAAUCAAGCGUCUCCCCGUCGAUGAAAGAUUUAGCCGUGCUGCAAGGGAAAUUGCAAUCGGGCCAGCCCCGUCACGGAUCUGUUUCAUCCGGCUCGAAGAAGGGUGCACAGCCAUCAGCCGAUGGAUUCUUCCAUUGUCGAUUAUGUGAAAAAUGCUUUGAGAAGGUGAAAUCGUUGAAUGCACAUAUGAAGAGUCACGCGAUGAAAGCGAGAGCUGAAGCCGAAGCACAGGCACAAGUACAAGCACAGGUGAGCGCUCAAUUGGCUCAACAAACCGCUCUCCAACAACAGCAGUCAAUGUUACAAGGCCUUGGCUCAACAGCAGCCUCAGCUCUCUCGGCCCUUCCCACCGCAGCCGGCCUCCAAUUGGGACAACAACUUGCCCAGAAUUUGACUCAAGGCCUUCAGCAGCAGCUUCAACAAAAUCUCCAACAAAAUUUACAACAAAAUUUGCAACACAAUCUUCAGCAGAAUUUACUGCAACAUGCGCAACAAAGUCCGUUGAACAGCUUGCAGCAGAACACGUUGUUGGCACAGAAUUUGGCCACCCAGGCGAUCGUCGAGCAACAGCUCGGCUUCAAUCCAAACAAUUUCAGUCAAGCCACGCUGAAUUUGCCAUUUUCGUCAAUUAUCCAU